AUGAACAGCACACACCAAAUUUUCAGGCCAUUAAUUCCUGCCGCCUGUGUUAGUUUCCGGCGGCUGAGCACCUCUAAGCUACUGCCCUGCCCACGUCCGAAAGCUUUGAAACACAGACACUUGUCACUUCAAACAACCCAAAACUCCAAGUGGGCUGUCAGGCUAAGCUUACUGGACCAAAGCCCGCCAAAAUCUAAACCAACGGUUGACGUGGAUCGGUUAGUGGAUUUUUUGUACGAGGAUCUUGUCCAUCUCUUUGAUGAUCAGGGAAUUGAUCGGACGGCUUAUGAUGAGCGUGUGAAGUUCAGGGACCCAAUUACGAAGCAUGACACGAUAACUGGGUACUUGUUGAACAUCUCCUUCUUGAAGAUUGUGUUCACGCCUAAGUUCCAAUUGCAUUGGGUCAAACAGACAGGACCAUAUGAAAUCACCACAAGGUGGACUAUGGUUAUGAAGUUCAUCCCUCUGCCUUGGAAACCAGAAUUGGUCUUCACAGGAACCUCAGUUAUGGGCAUCAACCCGGAGACCGGGAAGUUCUGCAGCCAUGUGGACUUCUGGGAUUCGAUAAAGACGAAUGACUACUUUUCAGUAGAAGGUUUGUUGGAUGUUUUCAAGCAGCUGCGGUAUUACAAAACUCCAGACUUGGAAACACCCAAAUAUGAGAUAUUAAAACGAACGGCGAAUUACGAGGUGAGAAAGUACUCCCCUUUUGUAGUGGUAGAAGGAUCUGUGGACAAGCUGUCUGGGUCGGCCGGUUUCAAUGAUGUUACUGGGUACAUCUUUGGGAAGAACUCCAAAAUGGAGAAGAUACCAAUGACUACCCCUGUCUUCACUGAGGCAUCUGAUGCUGAAUUUUCCCAAGUAUCCAUUAAAAUAUGUCUUCCACUGGAGAAGGAUAUAAGCAGUUUACCAGAUCCCAAUCAAGAAACAAUUAGGUUAAAAAAGGUGGAAGGAGGCACUGCUGCAGUUCUGAAGUUCAGUGGAAAGCCUACUGAAGAGAUAGUUCGCGAGAAGGAGAAAGUGUUGCGCUCUAAUCUUAUUAGAGAUGGUCUCAAACCUAAGAAUGGUUGCUUGCUUGCUCGUUACAAUGAUCCAGGCCGAACUAAGAGCUUUGUAAUGAGGAAUGAAGUACUGAUAUGGCUGGAGGAGUUUACAUUGGACUAG